UGUGAGCCAACUGUCCGAUGUAGAUUUUUAAGUGCUCUAAUAGAUUCAGUAUCUGUUAAUGAAAAAGCACAAAAAUAUUCACUCAUGUACAAAUACACAUGGACAUACAUAUAUCUAGUAAAUUCUCUUUGGACGAAUCGAAUGGACCGAAGUCUGGUGAUUCUGUGCCUAUUUCUCUGCUUUGACAGCCUCAGUGGCUACGAUGAAAUGGAAAAUAUUGUCCCCGAACGCUGUCUGUAUUUGAAAUCGCACGAGGAGAUCCUGCAGAGGAAAUGCUCGGGACAUUAUCCUCUGGUGGCGGUCACCAAGUUCCGGGACACGUUUAUAGAGGCUGGCGAGCCGUUCGCACUGUACAUGCCAGACUCGCUGGACUACAUUCUGGUCCUGAUGAAGGAGUCACCGCUGCAAAGCUGCGAGAGGAUGCGGUUCGUGGACGUGAAGAGCUUCAACUGUCUGGACCAGGGCGAUAAUGUUAACGACACGAUGGUCCUGGACAAAGCAGCCAUGUAUUGCUUCCCGUUCCACAUCCAGUUGCCCGACGAUCUCAUGCAGAUGUGCCUCAUGGAGAACGAUAUGAGCUCGGAUCCGCUCACAGAUGUGCUCAAAACAAAACGCGGUGUUAUCCACUAUUCCCUCGGCAAAAGUGGUGCCGAGCGCAUUGGCAUUGGCGUAUGGCUUCGACUCCUGGCCCUCCCAUUGUCCAUCUCCAUGGCGAUUCAGCGACUUUAAGGGCGGGCACUGAUCCGGUCUCGAACAUAAUGCGACUCAUAAAAUUUUAUGCUUCGACCAUAAAGAUUGAUCGGAGAGGGCGCUUGGGGAUCCCAAAAACCAAAAAAAAAGAACAAAUUAACCAACAAAAUAUGAUGUGAAAACGACUGAACUGGAAUCUAGAUUAUUUUAUCGCCGGCCUUGCUUUUGAAUGUAUUUAAGGUUUCAGCCUUAUUUACUUAAAUUAAAUCAAAAAUCAACCAAAA